GUUAGCUGUGUGUAUGUGAGGCAGAGAGGAGGAAGGUUUUCAGGAAUUCGUCUGCAGACUUGGAGCCUCGUUUUUAGAGAAACAUGGCCUAGCAGUGGAGCUAACAGCUAGCUUUGCCUCUGUGUGUUCUCAUGGUUCUGAUCAGCUGUAAGACGCUUCACUACGACUGAAACCCCGGAGGAAGAGCAGCAGAAACAGCCGUACCCCCCCCAAAAGACUCCAGCUAAAGGAGCAGCAUGGAGGCGUCAUUCGGUCCCACUUUCUCUGCUGUAGCUGCUGGAGCAGAAGCGUCGAGCAACUACAAGCAGCACCGAAGAACCCCCUCCUCCUCCAGCACGCUCACCUACUCCCCCCGCGAUGAAGACGACGGGAUGCCUCCCAUUGGUACCCCCCGCAGGUCGGAUUCAGCGAUCUCCAUUCGGUCUCUGCACUCUGAGUCCAACAUGUCUCUGCGCUCCACCUUCUCUCUGCAUGAGGAGGAGGAGGACAUGGAGCCUCUGGUGUUUGCUGAGCAGCCGUCUGUGAAGCUGUGCUGCCAGCUGUGCUGCAACGUCUUCAAAGACCCCGUCAUCACCACCUGUGGGCACACCUUCUGCAGACGAUGUGCCUUGACUUCAGAUAAGUGCCCGGUGGACGCGGCUAAGCUAACGGUGGUGGUGAACAACAUCGCGGUGGCGGAGCAGAUUGGAGAGCUGUUCAUUCACUGUAAAUACGGCUGCAGGGCCACAGCCAUCGCUGCAGGGGGCGCCGCGGCCCCCCCCACCACCACCGUGGCCGGGAAGCCAGGAGCAUUCGAGGUGGACCCGCUGGGAUGCCCCUUCACCAUCAAACUCACCACACGCAAAGAGCAUGAAGCCAGCUGUGACUACAGGCCGGUUCGAUGCCCAAACAACCCCUCCUGCCCCCCCCUGCUCACCAUGAACCUGGAGGCUCACCUCAAAGAGUGUGAGCACAUCAAGUGUCCUCACUCCAAAUACGGGUGCACGUUCAUCGGGAACCAGGACACGUAUGAAACUCACCUGGAGGUCUGUAAGUUCGAGGGUCUGAAGGAGUUCCUGCAGCAGACGGACGACAGGUUCCACGAGAUGCAGCUGACCCUCGCUCAGAAGGACCAGGACAUCGCCUUCCUGCGCUCCAUGCUGGGGAAACUCUCGGAGAAGCUGGAUCAGCUCGAGAAGAACCUGGAGCUCAAAUUUGACGUGUUGGAUGAGAACCAGAGUAAACUGAGCGAGGACCUGAUGGAGUUUCGUCGAGACGCGUCCAUGCUUAACGAUGAGUUGUCCCACAUCAACGCCAGACUCAACAUGGGGAUCCUGGGCUCGUACGACCCCCAGCAGAUCUUCAAGUGCAAAGGAACGUUUGUGGGUCACCAGGGGCCCGUGUGGUGCCUCUGUGUUUACUCCGUUGGAGACCUGCUGUUCUCCGGCUCCUCGGAUAAAACCAUCAAGGUGUGGGACACGUGCACCACCUACAAAUGUCAGAAAACCCUGGAGGGUCACGAUGGUAUCGUGCUGGCUCUGUGUAUCCAAGGGCCCAGGCUGUACAGCGGCUCUGCAGACUGCACCAUCAUCGUUUGGGACAUCCAGACUCUGCAGAAAGUCAACACUAUCCGUGCUCAUGACAACCCUGUGUGCACGCUGGUCUCCUCUCACAACAUGUUGUUCAGCGGCUCCCUCAAGGCCAUUAAGGUGUGGGACAUCGUGAGCACGGAGCUGAAGCUGAAGAAGGAGCUGACCGGUCUGAACCACUGGGUCCGAGCACUGGUCGCCUCGCAGAACCACCUGUACAGCGGCUCCUAUCAGACCAUCAAGAUCUGGGAUAUCCGCUCUCUGGACUGUGUUCACGUCCUGCAGACCAGCGGAGGCAGCGUUUACUCCAUCGCCGUCACCAACCACCACAUCGUCUGCGGCACCUACGAGAACCUCAUCCAUGUGUGGGACAUCGAGUCUAAAGAGCAGGUCCGGACUCUGACGGGUCACGUGGGAACAGUCUACGCUCUCGCCGUCAUCUCCACCCCCGACCAGACCAAAGUGUUCAGCGCCUCCUACGACCGCUCCCUCAGGGUGUGGAGCAUGGACAACAUGAUCUGUACUCAGACUCUGCUCAGACAUCAGGGCAGCGUCACGGCUCUCGCUGUCUCCAGAGGACGCCUCUUCUCCGGAGCCGUGGACAGCACCGUCAAGGUGUGGACGUGUUAAACAUCGUUUCGUCUCGUCUUGCUCUCGGACAGCUGAGCGAUUUCUCUUCCAUCGUUUCCUCUUCCUUCUCUGAUUGUGAUUGGCCGACAGCAGCCCCAUAUAAACCGGAGCUGCGUCGGAGACGUUUUACUAAGUGUUGCUUUUCAAACAAACCAACCCUCCUACGACCUCAUCACCAGUGCAUUAUGGGGCAGAAAGAGACGUUUCUGUCCUGCUUCCUGUUAGAAACGUCCUGAUGAUGCAUCCUGUUCACUUAUCUAAAGGCUGGUUUCACACACAGGGAGACACACACACACACACACACACGUCUAUUUUAAGUAUCCCAGAAUGCACCAGGACAAAGACCUUUACUUUGCGAAGUGGAAAGUAUGUAUGCAAUUUGGAGAUACUGUGCUACAUUUCUCCAACAACUUUAGUUACCAUGCCGGUUUAUAUUAUUAAUUAAAGUAUAAACACCUGCUAACGUACCAGGAAGUAUAAAGUCAUUCAAGUUAGCCCUACCUUUACCAGCUGCAGAAUUAAAAUGACACAUUAAUGCAUCAAUAAUUACAAAUAUAUAUAUAUCGAUGCUUUUUUACUUUAACCGUAAAUGUUUUGAAUGCAGGGCUUUUACUUGUAACAGAGUAUAUCUACACUGUAGUAGUAAUACUUCUUUAGUUAAAGUACUUCUUCCACCUCAGCAAGACGUCAUUGAGCACCACACAGGACUUCCCUUUAGCUAGAGAGAUGAGUUGUGUAAUAAAGUAGUUCCUCAUGAAGAAAUAAGGGAGUCACAGCGAGCGCACAGUCACCGUCCUGUCAUUUAUAUUAAAGUUCAACACUCCCUCUUAGAGUCUAUAGGUAAUCAUAUUCUGCAUCGUGAGUACGAACUAUAUGGUUUAAGAGUUUUAAAAAGUACAUCAAAUACUUUUCCGUCUCUACUCGAUUAGUGUUAAACUCACAAUGUGCCAAUACGACUACUUGUGAGAUUUGAAGUAGACACAAAAAGAGCUGAGAAACAUCGACUAAGGUUGUGUUUAUGAGGAAUCAUGGAUGUAUAAUAAGAACUGGAUACAGCGUGGGAGGCGGGGCUUGGAGUUCCUCAUUGGCGCAUGAACACAAAAUGGCCCAACUUUUGAGAGAGAAACGUCACGAAAGUAUUCAUAUAAUCAUAUAAUCCGUUCUUAUUGUGCGUCCAUGGGUUAAGGUACAACUCAUGUAGUACUGAACACGUCACAUGAACGUGCCGGGCGGCGCGGCCCCGUGGGUUAGAUGCACGUUCAUAAUGCCGAGGGAAAUAACUCUCAGAAUAACGUUAUUAGCACGUUUUACAACUUGAGGACCGAAUGUUUUUAAUAAGGGCUAUACAAAUGUUCAUACUGGGUAGUUUAUUUAGUUUAAAAAAAAUUAUCCAAUGAUUUACAGACGUCUAAUUUCCCAAUGUUAGUCAAUGGGAAAAAGUCUUUCCGGGCCCAGGGACUGAUAGUGUAGUACCUCCGUUUGGCCACAACGAAUAUUUUCCUCAGAGUCCGGCGCACUUCCUGGGGGCUUGUGAGGAAUGAGUCAGCGUUUCAUCACUUCCUGUCCCCCCGUCUGGAAGUCAAUGGUUUUCUGGAUGUGUUUUUCGUUGUUAGCCUGAAAUAAGAUGUGUGAUGAAGAGAUUUUGAUUCUACCACAUAAAACGCGUCAGUAAACUAAAUACCCCACCUUUGCACCUUUGGGACAUUUCCUCCUUUUUUCCGGGUGUUCCUCCCCAGAUUCUGUGAAACCAGCCUUUCAUAAACUCCUCGGUACGACUUUACAAUCAGACUACCCGUAUAAAGGGUUCACGAAUAGUUUGUAAUUCAUUUAUUAAUUAGGUUGUGAACACUUUAUAAAUCCUUAAUGAGCUUUUAUAAGACAUGAGAUAAACAGGGCGACUGUGACCGGUUGCUUGCCAAAUAGUGAGCCCACAUUUAUCUGUACUG